AUGAUCAACCUAGUCAUCAUUCCAUUUGUUGGCCCCCCGCAGAUCUGUUUUGGAUGCAUAGUCAAGUUCCCGCCCAACAUCAAGAUCGACAUCCCGGAAUUUUGCAUCCAGCUGCUUGGACUCAAAAUCGGCAACUGUCCGCCCAAGAAGAACAAGGAUGGGGAAGACGAUGACAAAGAUGACGACAAGAACGACGAUGAGGACGACAAUAACGACAAGGACGACGAUGAUGACAAGUCGAAAUCCAAGACUCGGACCAAGACACAUUCAUCGACAGCCACCACAACAUCAUCAUCGUGCACUGCUACCGUCACUGCCACUCAAAAGAGCAUAUUUUGCUCCGUGGCGCGAGGAAACACUGCCGAAGCAGAGUGCUCAACCAGCGCCUACACAACCGUCAAGCAAUGCAGUGUCAUCGCUACAGCAACGACAGUAACAUCAACGUAUACGUCGAUGCCAUCGGCAAUUCUAUGUGGCCCCGACAGUUGCGGAGGCCGAGCUUGCGCUAUAAAGAAGAUCGAGAGAUCCGAGGACUCUGCCGCUCAAGGCCUUGUGAGACGAGGCGACCCCAGCCUCGGCAAGUGGCCUGACCCGAGUGAUCACGAAAACCACGAAAGCUUCAUCGUCAGCCAGAUCGACGCGAUCGCCGAGGACACCGCGAAGAAGGAAAGGUACACCCCGAAGCUCGUCGAACAUGGCCCCAACGACGGCCCCAGCGCGAACUGGACGACGUUCAAGGACAACGUCGAGGCGAUCGGGCUCGAGGGGCUGUUCGGGUGUACUUCCAUCGUCCUCGUCUCCCGCAAGGGCGCGUGGAUAAGCCACAUCUGGCAGACGACCAUGGACCCCGAGGAAGAGGACCUGGACGAGGAUGACUCUACCAUGGACCCCUUCGAGCACUUGAUCGAAGUAGAACUCCCUAACAGAAUUCCGCCCGACAUGGAGUUUUACAAGUUCUACGAAUAUGGCCUGAAUGACAUGAAGGACCACCCGGAGGACGGCGACGCCGGCGUCAUGUUCGGCAACAGCAAGGACGGCGCCACCGACACGCCCACAAGCCUGAACAUGAAGGCCUUCAUCGUCACGCCACGCAAAUGGACGUACCCGGAGGUGUACUUUGACGCCAGGGGCCGAAGGAUACCUCACCAGGUCCUGGCGCACGUCGACUUCCGCAAGGGCACCGUCAGGUACCCGGACCAGGUCAGGGCUCUGCAGACGGCCGUCACGGAGGUGUACGGCGACAUACCCGUCGAGGUGGUCGACUACAACCCUACGAUCGUGAGGCCGGAGAACUGGGCGGCUUUCCAAUGGACGGGGAAGUUGAUCGUCAACGGAGAGUUGAUGCCGAUUCCGGAGUACCACGGGAGGCUGUCCCGCCGCAACGUCAGGGGCAAGAUUCUCCUGCAGUACCAGCCCGCGGCGACUUGCCAGGACGAGGCCGAGUGGCGGCUCUGGGUGGAGGGACAGCCGGCGGGUGACCGGGCGGAUAAGUGGCCGCCGCUGCCGGGGCAGAUCUUCUCUUCCUCGUCCGAGCCGGACAAGUCGGACCCGUCAGACGAGAAGGAUCCGUCGGACAAGAAGGUUGAACGCAGGCAGGUUUGUGAGCUUCCCAACAAAAGCAAGAAUCCGAUCUCGGCCACGCCCGCGUCUGUCGGAGUGUCUGCCUCGCCUCCCGUGUCUCAAGGCGGCUCUAGUAAACGAGCAGGCAUCGAAGUUACUUUGUCGAGGAAUGGCUCAAUGGCCUCGCAAACCCUCACGUCGUUGGGCACAGGGUUCCUACCAACGUCGACCCUAGUUCCAGGGGGUCCGUACGAACGCAAUUCUUCUUCCUCGGUAACAACAUGGAUGACUGAACAUUUCGUUGUCUUCCUCUUCUUCCUCUUCCUUCCCUUCCUCUCCCUUGCAAACCAACACAUCGGUCAUCACAACAACCUCGUCCACAAGCCUGGGAAACACCGUUACAAGGAACAUUUCGUUCUGUUCCUCUUAUCCCUUCUCCUACUCCUCUUCUUCGUUGCAAGCCAAUACAUCGGCCAUCACAAUAACCUCGUCAACAAGCCUGAUAAGCACCGUGUCGACAAGCACUACGUUCUCCUAUUCUCCCUCCUCUUCCUCCUCCUCCUCGCAAACCACCACAUCGGUCAUCACAAAAACCUCAUCAACUUCAAUCUUCUUCACACGAGGACCAUGCCGACUAUGCCCACCACCGUAACACCGACGAAAACUUUCAAGCCGGCCACGACACCAUCGAAAGACACCCUCGUCGUCAUACCAAUCAAAGACAAUCCAACCACCAGCCAAAAGCCGGUCCCAGCCCCCUCUGAGGCCGUAGCCAUCUUCUACACCGAAACGCUCGCGCCCGACGACGACGACGGCAAGAAGCUCUUGCGUGAAGGCGCGUGGUACAUGUUCCCCGUCAUGGCGGCCGAUGCCGCCAACUUUGACCCGUGCAACAAGUACCCGAUGGGCCACCUGCAACUCCACGAGCCCCUGAAUCUCAACAGCGUACCCUGGCCGCCGCCGAUCGACGGGGAGAAGCCCUUCUUCGACCGACGCAAGUGCAAAUACAAGGGCGGAAACGGGUCCCGGGGGUUCGGCAAGAUGUCGUGCGACGACGUGCCCGAGUUUGAUUGCGAGAGCGACCCGCGCGCGAAGAAGCUGCUCGAGUGCGAGUCGCACCCCAAGGCGGAGCAGAGUUUCAAGCCUCGCAUCUUGCGCAAAUUCCCGGUGCUGGAGCCGGCGGGGCGUACUCAGAACAUGAAGGACGCCGUCGGUCAACCUUGA